AUGAGGAUGAAGUUUCCAAACCCGGGUCUGGAAGACCGCAUUCCCUCUCAUGCUGAGCUGGAGAAGAUAGAGGUAGAGGAGGCUGGAGAAAGACCGAAAUGGGACAACAAAGCCCAGUACAUGCUCACCUGUGUGGGCUUCUGUGUGGGACUGGGAAACGUCUGGAGGUUCCCUUACCUGUGUCAGAGCCACGGAGGAGGAGCAUUCAUGAUUCCCUUUCUGAUUCUUCUGGUUCUGGAGGGAAUUCCUCUACUGCAUCUGGAGUUUGCCAUCGGACAGAGACUGAGAAAGGGCAGUGUGGGCGUCUGGACUUCCAUCAGUCCGUAUCUCACUGGAGUUGGUAUCGCCUCCAUGUUGGUUUCUUUCAUGGUUGGGAUGUACUACAACACCAUCAUGGCCUGGGCUAUGUGGUACUUCUUCAACUCACUUCAGGAUCCACUGCCAUGGAGUCAAUGUCCAGUCAAUGCCAACAGGACAGGCCUGGAGUCAGAAUGUGCUCGCAGCUCUCCAGUGGAUUAUUUCUGGUACAGAGAGACUUUGAACAGCUCGGCUGCGAUCGAGGACUCUGGUGGACUGCAGUGGUGGCUGGUGAUGUGUUUGCUUUGUGCUUGGACUGUGCUGUAUGUCUGCUGUAUUAGAGGCAUCGAAACAACAGGAAAGGCUGUGUACAUAACAUCUACAUUACCCUAUGUGGUUCUCAGCAUCUUCCUGAUAAGAGCUUUGACUCUUAAAGGUUCUCUGAAUGGAAUAAAGUUUCUCUUCACUCCAGAUGUGAAUGAGCUAAUAAAACCGACAACCUGGCUAGAUGCAGGAGCUCAGGUGCUGUUCUCCUUUUCUCUGGCUUUCGGUGGUCUCAUCUCCUUCUCCAGUUACAACUCAGUCCACAAUAACUGUGAGAAGGAUGCUGUCACCAUCUCUGUUAUAAAUGGUCUCACAUCUGUCUACUCUGCAACUGUGAUUUAUUCCAUCAUCGGCUUCAGGGCCACUGAGAAAUAUGAUGACUGUCUUGAAAGAAAUAUCCUGACAUUGGUGAAUGCGUUUGAUCUACCUGAGGGAAACAUCACAGAGAGCAACUAUAGCAAAGUUCUUCAGAAUUUAAACAGCACGGCGCCAGAAGUCAUUUGGGAACUCAACCUGAAGACCUGUGACAUGCAGACGUUCCUCAGCGAGGGAGUUGAGGGAACAGGUCUGGCCUUCAUCGUCUUCACUGAGGCCAUCACCAAGAUGCCUGUCUCUCCUCUUUGGGCAGUGCUCUUCUUCAUCAUGCUCUUCUGCCUCGGACUGUCCACCAUGUUCGGCAACAUAGAGGGUGUGGUGGUACCGCUCCAAGACCUGAACAUCCUCCCUAAAAAAUGGCCUAAAGAAGUGCUCACUGGUCUUACAUGUCUGGUUUCCUUCUUGAUGGCACUCAUAUUCGUCCAGUCCUCUGGUAACUACUGGUUGGCUCUAUUUGAUGGGUUUGCUGGAUCCAUUCCUUUGCUGGUAAUCGCCCUCUGCGAGAUUAUUGCUGUUGUUUACAUCUACGGUAUUGACAGGUUUAACAAAGACAUUGAGUUCAUGGUGGGUCACAAUCCCAACAUCUUCUGGCAGGUUUCAUGGCGGUUUCUCAGUCCUGUCAUCAUCCUUGUCAUUCUGAUCUUCUUCUUUGUCACAACGGUUAGGAAACAGCUGACCUACAGUGUCUGGGACCCUCAAUCGAUCAAAUUUCCCACACUUACAGAGGUGACGUAUCCUGAUUGGAUAAACGGCAUCAUCUUCAUACUAGCUGGGGUUCCAAGUCUGGCCAUUCCUGGAGUUGGCAUCUUUAAGUUUAUAUGGAAAAGCUGUCGUUCAGGAGAAAAGGAAAACAAAGAAGAGACUGUCAUUUCUGAAAAAGUGCAAAUAAGUGUGAACACAUCAAAGUAGUAACAAAACUUUAUUCCAUGUGGAACACUGAGAAAGUGACCAAAUGUGUGAUGUGGAUGGUGAAACACAGUGUAUUAAGUAAUGAAUGAUGUAUAGUAAGCCAGUUGUUAUUGCAAAGGACUCUUGUAUCACCCUGAAUGGGAUUUUUUUGUGAUAACAACCAGCUGGCUGUACAUUAUUCAGCUUAUUACACAGCUACAAAUCCAAUGUACAAAUAAAUGGACAUAAAGCAUU